UCGAUCAUUGUCUCUCUCACACUUUCUAACUAGCCAUUUCACAACAUCCAGACAGCGGAUCUGGCCGUACGCAGCAGCAGCAGCAGCAACAGCAGCAGCAGUUUUGCCCUCAGGCUUUUUUCUCUCUCUCUCUCUCUCUCCGACGUCGAACCAUAACUAACAAUUUGGAUUCGACGCGCGGAUGAGGGCAAUUACUGGACUUAAUCUAUCAUAAUGUCUCCUUUCCGAUCGACUGAUAGUCCAGUGAGUAAAGCAAUGGCUGAAGUGUUCUGAGUCCGCCGGCUAGAGAAGAAUUGGCUGCUCAGAUGAAUCCCAACUAAGAGGAGAAAAAAAAAGCACUUUUCAUUUCACCGCAGAGGAGACUCGGGAGGAAGCUGGUCGGUGGACAUCAUGUGCAGAUUGGCGGAUUUUACACUCAGAAAGCUACUGAGUGCGUUUAAUUUCGGAUUACUGUGACACACAAGACGUGUAUUUUUUUUUUUUUUAAGGGGGUAGAUUUUUUUUUUAAGGAGUCUGUUUCCUCUCGCUCCUGUUCGCUGUCCUCCGGGUUCCCUGCAGGACUCCAGAGUCGCGGAGAGCCCAUGCAGUCGCCAAGGGAGAGGAGUGAAGUGCGACCCCGAGCUGGAUGGAUGGUUAUGGGGAAAAGAGGAAGACCCUCGGCGCUUGAAGUGUGCAGAGUCCUCGCUGUGUUUCUGUCACUCUUCCCCUCCGUGAGUCUGCAGUGCAAGAUCCUCAAGUGUAACUCCGAAUUUUGGGCUUCCACCUCAAACUCUGGACAGGAGGAAGAGUUUUGCACAGCGCUGCGAGCGUACAACAGCUGCGUACGCCGGACCGCACGUACCUGCAGGGGUGACUUGGCGUACCACUCGGCCCAGCAUGGCAUAGAGGAUCUAAUGAGCCAACACAACUGCUCCAAGGAGGGGCCGACAUCUCAAUCACACACCCGGACGCAACUUCCUCCUCAACCCACGCCGCUCCUGCCGGACAGCCAGGAGCGCUCCGAUGGCCCGGAAGUGUGUCACUAUGAGCGCAGUAUUCCGCGCAACACAGCACCGCCUAACUACACCCACUGUGGCUUCUUCGGAGACCCGCACCUCCGAACCUUCGGUGACGAUUUCCAGACGUGUAAAGUGGAAGGAGCCUGGCCGCUCAUCCACAACAGAUACCUGUCUGUCCAGGUGACCAACACUCCUGUGGUGCCGGGCUCCAUGGCAACUGCCACAAGCAAGCUGACAAUCAUCUUUAAGAAUUUCCAGGAAUGUGUGGACCAGAAGAUGUACCAUGCAGAAACAGAUGAGCUGCCAGCUGCAUUUGCUGAUGGCUCCAAGAACGGAGGGGAGCGGCACGGGGCUAACACUCUGCGGGUGGUGGAGAAGGUUCCAGGGCAGCACGUGGAGAUUCAGGCCAGGUACAUUGGAACAACCAUAGUGAUCCGGCAGGUAGGCCGCUACUUGACCUUUGCUGUGCGGAUGCCGGAGGAAGUUGUAAACUCUGUGGAGGAAGGUGAUAACCAGGAUUUGUACCUAUGUCUUCACGGCUGUCCUGCCAACCAACGCAUCGACUUCAGGAACUUCAGGGCUCGAGCAGCGGAGGCCCAGAGCACAGGCAGGACGAGGAGCAGCUCCGUCGCACACGGCUUUACUUACCAGUCUGCAAAGGCCAAGUGCAAAGAGCGGCUACCGGUGGAGGACUUGUAUUUUCAGUCCUGCGUGUUUGACCUUCUCUCCUCUGGGGACAUAAACUUCACCAUGGCAGCCUACUACGCCUUCGAGGAUGUAAAGAUGCUCCAUUCAAACAGCAACAGAUACCACAUCUAUGAAAAGGAUGCGUUUAUGAGUAGUGCGGCACAGAGGGGCAAAGAUUUACUUUCGCUCUUCUUGCUUAACCUUCUCGCUGUCUUAUUGUGGAUUGAGUGUUGCACAAUUCAUCUAUAGUCACUUUUCAACAGUAUCCUCAUGGUGUAUCUGUCAGUGAGUGUUACAGAGUAGCGUACUCGUGCCGUACAUCAGCUUCAGUCGUCUGCUCUGGUUCUGUCUGACGUGACCAGUGGCUUGCCAGCCCUGAGUCUCAUUUUUGUUGUAUUGUCAUGUCUCGACUUCAGUCUAAUGACAAGGCGAGUUCACCGCGCUCUCACCUAUCAUCACAUGUGUUUAGCUGGUUCAUAGGGCUGGUCUUUGAAGAGAGCAGCGGUGAGAGAGUCCAGCUACCCCAGAGCUCAGGAUAUCCACCUGGGAUUAAAUCCCACAUUCUCACUGGAGCUGCAUGCCUAUGGGAAGCCGGACAAGAUGAUCUUUUGCAGAAAGAGGAGUUUGCUGAUCCUCCCUCCCCUGAUCCCCUCAUUGGUGCCAAGCCAGUGAGGCUCUCUGUGGCUCAUGUGGCGAAGCGAGAGGACCUGACAAGGGCUUUUGUUAACCUUAGGCCAGAAGCAGCUCUAUGUUUGAUUAGUUUCCAGCUUUGGAAAAGCCUGAGCCUUUUGGAGGAAGCACUCAGCCAAAAGGAUGUCAGAGUAACGUCUCCAGUUGUCUGCUGUGGAGAUUAAUGGGUCAUAUUGUUAGAUUAUAUGUGUGUGUGUGUGUGUGUGUGUGUGUGUGUAUGUGUGUGUGUGUGUUUGUGUUUGCAUUAGUACAAUAUGUGUGCAGAAUUCAGCGUCUGUGGUUAAUUUUGAGUUUUUGGGUGCAGGCGUUCCCAGAAAUGAGAUAACAACCUCAAGUGGGGGAAAAAAAAAAGUUCCCAUGUCUUUAUAUUGCACCCAGAAUUUCAGAAAUAGAAAAGAUGAGGCGCUCUGCAGUCUGUUCAAAUGGACUCUAUCAGCCAAGUAGUAAAUCCCAAAAGGGAACUGAUAAAAAUAUCUCUCUUCAUCUGUACUUCCAUUCUCAGUGUCAUACUGCCGUUCCCUCCAUUGUUUUAGCUUGACAUGUUGAUCAGACAGUGUUUGUAUUUCAAGUCUGUAAUGUGAAUGUAGCUAACAAGAAAGCAAAAGAACAAAUUUAGUUUAAGGCACUCAGAACGUUUACAGAAUGUAUAUCAACUAAUCAAACUAUGACUUAAGGGCAGAAAAAAAGGCAUCUCUUUGAGCAUUUUGUGAAUUUGAAUCUCCAUUUCAGCAGUGGUGUAGAUACUGUUACUGAUACUAGCUGUAAAGACGUCACCUCUAGUCAGUUUAGCAUUUUAUAGACUACCAAUGUGCUGACCAGACUGUGGCUUUGUGAGUAAAUGAUAAGCAUAUGUCUGUAGGCGUGAUUUCAUGGCUUAAGUCAUUGCCAAAGAACAAGCCCUUGUGCCAACAUUUCCCUAACAACUGAAUUUUCAUCUUUCAGUCUAUUUAGAGAACUAUUCACAUUAGGGGAUUCUUAACUGUACAUAAUUUGUGUUCGUGUAUGAAUUUAAGGCCAAACAGCUCUUGAAAAAUGACAGUAACACACUGUAAAAGCAACAUUUGUUUCUGUUUCGCAGUCUCACCUUUGCUUUUCUUGUGUUUUGUGAUAACACUCCCUGCUACGAGAGGUUUUCCAUUUGAACUUUGGCUCCCAGCUACAGUAUCUGCUAAUGUGUAAGUCAUCCCAGUAGAUACUGUUACUACUCGGGCUCAGUCUCAUGGUCAUUUAUCUUUACACUGAAGUAUUCGGCAGGCCUUACUACUGCUAUUUGGAAUAUGUAUUGGUGCAGUUUGACAACAACAAAAAAAAAACAAACAAAUGAUUGUAAUGUUGAAUCUUGUGUUAAUAGAUGUAAUUUGUAUUGUGAGUUUUACAGUAUAUGGUUCUACAUGUGUAAUGUGAGAUUGUACAUAUGUUUUGUGAGUUGUUGAGUUUUUAAUUUGUAUAUUACCAGUUGUGUUUGAAUUUAUCACUCCAGUUUUUGUACAUCCGAUGUUUUGGUGAAUGUGAACCUUUUUUAUUUUUAAAAGGGAUUUUGCCAAAAACAUGAACACCACAGAACAGAAUAUUCUAAAACAAUACACACACAUAUUCAUCACUUUUUGCUUACUUGGUUGUAAUCUAAGUGAAACGUCCUGAAUGCAGCCCACCUUAGCUAGAAAGGGAAUGUAGGAACGUGUUUUGGGGUGUUCAUGUUUUUGAGUUUCAAGCACUUUAUGUUUUCUUUUUCAUUUAGCUCUUACUUUGUUUGAAAUUCUGUGUCAGACUUGUAAUGGAUAAAAAAAAAAAGAAUAAAAAAAUAAAUAGCUGAACGGGAAAUGCCAGAAAGAUCAAACUGUGUUUGUAUGUAAAAGCAAAUGUGGUGUCACACGCCAGCUGUUUAUAAUGUAAAUUAUUUAUUGAAUAAAAGAAAAUGUCUUGUUAA